CUCCUGCAAGUCGCUAUCUGCAAUACAGCGUCAUCCCUGGACAAAUAAGUUGCACUACUGAGCUUAUGCAGCAAGAAGCUAAUAUAUCCCCCGCACAAGGGAUGGCCGAUAGCACGCGUGACUGAUUGUUGCGCAGAAGGUUUGUCUCUCCUACUGAGCAAGCCUCACUUCACAAAUGAUCGCUGCGUCACACAUAAAUGCCAGCUUCCGACCCCGAGUGUUAGCAACAAUUCCUACUUUCUUAGUGUCCGUUAGGCAGAGGAAUGACGUGAAACUAUUCUUGGCUCCUCGUUGAUUUGAUACAUCCGACACCGUUGAGGCCAUUUCAGCAACGAAAUUAAUCUCAGAAAGUCCUUGCCCCAGAAGCUCGCCAUGGCCGUUAGACCGGCUACUGCAACAAAAGCUCCUGCAAAAGUACUGGCCUAUGACGCGGCCACAAAGACCUGGAAGUCCAGCGAACGUGAUCUUCUCGAGGGAACCCCUCCGGAAGUGUGGUGCUAUAUUUUUCUGGAAGAUGCGGAUUGGUUCGGCAGCAAAAAGUGCUUAAAAGAAGAUCGCCUCAAGAUUCUGAAGCCAUUUGGCUCCCCAGACUUGCUCAGUGACAACCUGUGUGUCCUGCUGAACGGCUAUUUCGGCAGCAACAGCUCGCUAAGCUCCGACGGAAAGCUUGAACAUCUCAGUACCUGGUUUCGAUGGCUCACCAAGAAAGUCUUGACGGAUAAGGAGAUAAAGGAAAAGUCUGACAAGAUAAAGGCAAACACGCAAGUACCCACAGGCACAUACUUUCCAUGGCACAAAAAGAAAGACUCGGCGCCUAAGGAGAACGACGUAAAGGGUUAUGAGUGGUAUGAGAUGGGUUUCUUUACGAGCUGGAGUUAUCCGGAGUCCAAGGUGCUGUGCAUCGGCACCCCGAAAGAGGUUCGUGAACAGCUCACAGAAGUUCUCGAAGCAUCGCCCGAGCUUCAGCUCCGAGACCCUUUUGCCUUGCUUCGCCCCCUAUUUGAUGAGGUGAUAAAGGCCUGUGACCUGUAUACCUGGCGAGCGACAAACGCUGUGCGCGACAUAGAGAAGGAAAGGUACAACAAGAAGCCGGGGUUUGGAGACCUGCAGGAGUUAUACAGGCACGUUGUUCACCUUGUGGAAGUUGAGGAAGUCGCCAUCGACACACUAGCAAGCUUGGCCAGGAGGCAGGAAACGAAUUUCAGACUGUCCACGGAACUCAGCCAGAAAUAUCAGAUCCAGGCGCAGGAGUAUUUGUCGUUUCAGAUCCAGCUGAUGAGUAGCAUGAAGGCGCGAGCAGUGGCCGCUGAGCGUCGACUUGAAUCAGAAAUCACUCUGGCACACAACAUGCUGGCCAGCUCGGAUAAUUCAAUCAUGAAAUCGAUCACCCUCCUGACAAUGAUCUUCCUGCCAGCUACUUUCAUAUCGGUAUUGUUCAACACUGCCUUCUUUAGCUUCGACAAGGACGGGUGGACCAUUUCAAGUAAGUUCUGGUUAUAUUGGGCCGUUGUGGUUCCUGUGACGGUGGUGGUGCUCGCAGUUUGGUGGUAUUGGGGAGGAUCGUACAGGAAAAUCCGAAGUCGUAUUCUACACAAUAACUCAAUGGUCUAGGGGGUAUACACCGACAGGUCGAGAGUCAUAUUGAUGAUGCUAGUCUAAAAACCCUUUCCUUCUUCG